AUGGCUUUCCCAACUCAUAUCUUGCCUUCUGUUUUUGGCAUUCUUGGCAACAUUAUCUCCUUCUGUGUGUUCUUAGCACCACUGCCAACAUUCUACAGAAUCUACAAGAAGAAAUCAACAGAAGGGUUUCAAUCAGUACCGUAUUCAGUGUCACUCUUUAGUUGCAUGUUGCUUUUGUACUACGGCUAUUUAAAGACCGAAAACGGUAUGAUGAUCAUCACCAUCAACGCCAUCGGAUGCGCCAUUGAAACUGCUUAUAUCGUUGUGUUUCUCAUCUAUGCUACCAGAGAAUCCCUGAUGUACACGAUCAAGCUUCUCGUUUUAUUCAACAUCGGAUCAUACGGGCUGAUUGUAAUCACGACACUUUUAACAAGUCAAGGGUCUUUACGAGUAAUGAUUGUUGGUUGGAUUUGUGCCGUGUUUUCGGUCUGUGUUUUCGCUGCUCCUCUCAGCAUUAUUAGAUUGGUUAUAAGAACUAGAAGUGUAGAGUAUAUGCCUUUCUCUUUGUCUUUCUUCCUUACCAUCUGUGCUGUUUUGUGGUUCUUUUAUGGACUAUUGAUCAAAGAUUACUAUGUGGCUACUCCAAACGUGUUAGGGUUUGUCUUUGGUGUAACCCAAAUGAUACUUUACAUGAUCUACAAAGACAAGAAGAAGCAAGUGAGACCAGUGGUUCAGCCCCAAGAUGGACCAGCAGCAACGGUGGUGGACUUAGGGGCAAUCUUGGAAAUGAAGGAAAAAGCUGGGGUGGACUUAGGGGCAAUCUUGGAAAUGCAGGAAAAAGCUGGGUCGGUGGCCGGAGAUGAAGCGGUUGGUGAGAAGAAAGAAGAGGUCACGGCUAAGGUGUCUUUGGGUUUAGAUGGUGAAAAGACCAUCAUGCCCACCUUCGCUUGA